AUGCUGCUCAUACUGGACACCGGAGAGAGUGAGGGCAAGGAAGCACAACGAGAAGUCGAUGUCUACUUCCCAGCAGGAAUGACAGAACUUACAGCGCAACCAUGUUGGCUUAAAGUACCAUCACCAAAAAUCUUAGAGUGUGAUAUUAUCGAGACGCAGUGUGUGAAAGACGGUGUCUAUGAAAACUUCUUACAUACACAAAUUUAUGAACAAAGAGACGCGAAAAAUUAUUCCAAACACGAUGUUUACAUUAUCAUACUGGAUUCGGUAUCUACUUUCAUGGCUAAAAGGUCGCUCACAAGAACUAUCAAUUACCUCGAAGAGAAAAUUGGUGCAGUCCAGAUGGAGUUCCUAAAUAAGGUUGGAGAUAACAGCCGACCAAACGGAUUUGCUCUUGCUUUCGGCAGGUCAAUAGAAGGCGGAAAUCGUGACUUGGUCGGAUUGCCACCAUUGAUACCUGAUUGGGAAGAUGCUAAGAUAUGUGGCCAGUACCUCGAUCAGUUCUCGUACCACCUGAAGGAUUACAAGGAAAUGGGUUACAAA